AUGUCGGACAGGUGUGAAACUGAGAUAAAAGUGGAAUUUAAGAAGAAAGGUAAGAAACAACUGCGCCAACGGAAACCUUCCAAUAGCGACGACGAUGAACAUCAGCGAGAUGCAGAAACCGAUACUUUUUCUAAGUUGGAAGAAACCAAAGAACGGCAAAAGCUACGAAAUCGACGGAAUGGAGUAAACAUUCUUAGCUUAGCAGCUGGUAAAAAAAUCUCCAUCGAAGAAGAAGUCACGGUGAAAGACCCAUUCAACAUCAAAACUGGAGGUAUGGUCAAUAUGCAAGCUUUAAAGGCAGGAAAACUUAAACCAGCCGUUGAAGACCCAUAUGACACGGGCAUAGGCACACAGUUCUCUGCUGAAACAAACAAACGCGACGAAGAUGAAGAAAUGAUGAAGUAUAUUGAGGAGGAACUGGGGAAGCGGAAGGGUAUUAUGCAAGAACAGGAUAACCAGGUAGAUGGGGAAUCUUCUGUGAAAUAUCUGAGUCCGGAAGAAGCCGCGCUUCUGUCGCUACCACCCCAUCUUAGUCAAACUUCAUCUCAGCGAUCGGAGGAAAUGUUGUCAAAUCAAAUGUUGAGCGGCAUUCCGGAGAUAGAUCUUGGCAUAGAGGCAAAAAUCAAAAAUAUCGAAGCAACGGAGGAAGCGAAACUUAAGUACAUGCAAGAACAGCAGCGGAAAAAAGAUCUACCCUCGCACUUUGUUCCCUCGAAUAUGGCAGUUAACUUCAUGCAGCAUAAUCGCUAUCGCAUCGAAAAUCCUGCUCCCGCUAAGCGACGCUUCCAGGAAGAUAAUCGUGACCAACGCAAUGACGAUCGGAUCCCAAAGAAGGCUACGGAUGAUUAUCAUUUUGACAAAUUCAAAAAGCAGUAUCGACGGCAUUGAGGAUUUUCCAUCACCAUAUUUAAUAAA